CGUCACGUGUAUUUGUGCUCCAUUAACUUGGUUUCAUCCAAAGUCAGAAUCCAAAGCACAAAGCAUAAACUCCAUCAUCCAAAACUUCACCCGCUUGCCACCUUUCAAAUUUCAAACCCCCCAACGGUCAAAUUUUCUCAGUAAGUUUUCAAAGUUUAAACGGUUUGUGACCAUUUAUAUAUUUUAUCAAUGGAAGACAAUGAAUGGAAUUUCUUUGAUCAUGACCCUCUUCUUCUCACUGAUGUUUCUUUUCAACAACAACAAAAACAACAAACCUCUUCCAAUUGCGUUUUGCAAACACCACUUAGCUCUCUGAAUUCAGCUAUGGCGGAAGAUCCUCAAUCUUGUGGUGGAAACCCUAAUUAUGAUUUGUCUCCGGAAAAUGAAAGCUUUGAAAGGAAUAGUGUGCAAUUUGAUGACCCAAUUGCGAAAAAUUUGGUUGAUGGACGAUCAAUGUUGGGGUAUUCUUUGACUUCACCAGAUUUGGUGAUCUGUUCUGGCUCACCAGAUAUUGCUGGAAUCAGUUAUUGUGAUUCUCCUGAGAUGUUGAAGAACAAAAAUUGCUACAAUUUGGACUCAUCUAUGGAGCUUUCUCUUGAGAAUGGAAUCAAUGGAUCUGAAGUUGAAGUUUACAAUGGUCAUAAGACUCCAACUGUUAAAUUUUCCAAUUUGUGUGAAACUAUUGAACAAGAGGAAGAGUUGCUAUCACCUGAAGCCUCAUUUGAGCUUCAUCCGCCACCAAUAACCACGGACGAGUCGCCUCAAGACUACACUCAUAGAGAUAAUGAAAUGCUUGAAGAUGCUAGAGUGUCUCAGGAGGCAGAGUUGGAAUGCUCAGAAGACGUUGAGGAUAUUGGGGUAGAAGAGAAGUUUCAGAAGCUGAAAAUAGAUUUUGAGUGUCAGAGAAAGGAGCUGGCAGAAACAAGAAGAAUGUUGGGGGAGCUCAAGAGGGAGAAUCAAGAGAAAAGUAGUGAAUGUAAAGAAGCUUGGAACUCCUUAAAAGAGCUUCAGAAUGAGCUAAUGCGCAAGUCCAUGCACGUAGGAUCUUUAGCAUUUGCUAUUGAAGGGCAAGUGAAAGAGAAAAGCAAGUGGUUUACAUCAUUGAGAGACUUGAUGAGGAAAUUGAAGAUUAUGAAAAUGGAACACAUGAAGCUAUUAGAGGAAGCGGAGGCAUACAAGAAAUAUGAAUUAGAUAUAAGUCAAUUGGGGCUCAUCAUCAAGUCUAAAAUGAAUGAACAACUUGAGUUACAUGAAGAUCUCAAGUCCAAAUACAUUGAAGGGGCUAAGGUUCAAAAAGAGCUUUACAAUAAGGUAUUGGAGUUGAGAGGAAACAUAAGGGUCUUUUGCCGGUGUAGGCCUCUUAAUGGUGAAGAGAUAAAAGGAGGAGCCACAAUGGCCUUAGAUUUUGAUUCUGCUAAAGAUGGUGAGCUUACUGUGUUGUCAAAUGGAGCUCCAAGAAAGACUUUUAAGUUUGAUGCUGUCUUUGGCCCUCAAGCUGAACAAGCUGAUAUAUUUGAGGAUACUGUACCAUUUGCAACCUCGGUUUUAGAUGGUUACAAUGUAUGCAUUUUUGCAUAUGGACAGACCGGUACAGGAAAAACCUUCACAAUGGAGGGCACAGAAGAGGCUCGUGGAGUUAAUUUCAGGACUCUUGAGAAAAUGUUUGAUAUAAUCAAGGAAAGACAGACUCUCUAUUGUUAUGAUGUCUCUGUAAGUGUCUUAGAAGUGUACAAUGAGCAAAUAAGAGAUUUGUUGGUUCCAGGAAAUAAUCCAGGAAUGUCUGCAAGAAGACUUGAGAUAAGACAAGCUGGUGAAGGAAUGCAUAUUCCAGGGUUGGUUGAGGCACAUGUAGACAACAUGAAUGAAGUGUGGGAAGUUCUACAAACCGGUAGCAAUGCAAGGGCUGUUAGCGCAACCAAUGCGAAUGAGCACAGUAGCCGAUCUCACUGCAUUCACUGUGUCAUGGUUAAGGGAGAAAAUUUGUUGAAUGGAGAACACACUAGAAGCAAGUUAUGGCUUGUGGACUUAGCAGGAAGUGAAAGAGUUGCAAAGACAGAAGUGCAAGGUGAUAGAUUGAAGGAGACACAAAAUAUUAAUAGGUCUCUUUCUGCACUUGGUGAUGUCAUAUCAGCUCUUGCAACCAAAAGUUCACACAUCCCUUUCAGGAACUCUAAGCUUACACACUUGCUUGCAGACUCAUUAGGAGGAGAUUCAAAGGCACUCAUGUUUGUACAGAUCAGUCCUAAUGAAAGUGAUUUGGGCGAGACGAUUUGCUCUUUGAACUUUGCUAGUAGAGUAAGGGGUAUAGAAUUGGGCCCUCCAAAAAAGCAGUGGGACACUAUUGAACUUCUGAAACACAAACAAAUGGCUGAGAAAACUAAACAAGAGCUAAAGCUGAAGGAUUUUCAAAUCAAGAAGAUGGAGGAAACAAUCCAUGGAUUUGAGUCCAAAAUGAAGGAAAGGGAUCAUAAAAACAAAAGUCUUCAAGACAAGGUCAAGGAACUUGAAUCACAACUUAUGAUUGAGAGAAAGCUAGCGCGUCAACACGUAGACUCAAAGAUAGCUGAGCAGCAUCAAAUGAAACAUCAAGAAGAGCAAAUCAAUGCAGUUUUGAGACCAACAACAACGCCUGCAAAUCGACCAUUAGCAACUCUCAAGAAUUUCAAUGAUCCAACUAGACCCUCAAUGGAGAACAACAUCUUUAAACCUCACAACAUACCCUUUUCUACAAUAGAAAGCUCCAUCAAAUACAUUGAUCACAACGAAAAAGAAAACAAUCCCGACAUGGCUGAUAAUAAUAGUUCACUACUUCCAAAAAGGGCUGCAAGAGCUUCUAUAUGCACAAUGACACCGCGCGCUCCUUCGGCAACUGUUUCAAGGAGAAACUCUUUGAUUCCACUCCCAAGCUUAGCACAAUUUCAAUCACCAUUCAUACCGAAGUUAUUAUCAAACCAAGAAGUGAAUGAGGAACCAGAAACAGCACAAGCUCAUUGUGAGAGUCCUAAAGAAGUAAAAAGUGGUGUUAAGAAGAUAGGUAGCAUACUAAGAAGAAGCAUACAUAAGAAAGGACAAGUGAAGUCUCCAUUACAACAACAUAUGAGAAAGGUUGGUGGUGUAAAUGUGGGAAUGGAGAAAGUGAGAGUUUCUAUUGGAAGUAGAGGGAAAUUAGCACUAAGGGGGGUGCAAGUUGGAAGUGUUAGAAGAGGUGGUGCUAAAGAGAUUCAACAGAAGAAGGAAAGGGGAUGGAUAUAAAAGAUGGAUUGAUCUAGAUUUUCUUUUUAUGCAUUGUGUGGAUAGAUAAAAAUGAUUUCUUGUGUGUUCUUUAAGGAAUGAAAAAUGUAUCAUUUUUCAUUAUGAAAUUUAAUUUGUUUUAAACUUCAUAUGGGAGAAUGGAGCAAGUCUCUUGUAAAUUCUACAUGUGGGGUAUGUAAUUUUUCUUUAACUUUAAACCAUGAUGCCACAUCUCUAAAGUUGACUGUAAGAUUAACUACUGUACUUUUCAAUUGGAUUCAAAUUCAACCCAAGGUGAUUGAUUGCUUGGGUGAGAAAAUAUACCAUGUGGUUUAUGGUA